CAAAGCCAAAACAUGGUUGAAGCCGGGUAUUAUUAUUCAAAUGUGAUGUUUAUAACAUUUUAUUAAAUUCGGUUUUGUCUCGACUGCUGGGAUCCAAUCCAGUUCAAAUUACAAACGAAUAAGAACUAUCGACAUAUUUAGUUUAGACAGACCAGCACCGCUUCAAAAGCUUUGUAAAGCCGAGCACAUCGUGAUAAGAGUGUGAAAAGUGAAAAUUGUUCGUUUCUCAUUUUUGCAAAAAUUCACUAAAAAUUAAUGAACAUCCCCUACAAGGAAUUUUUACUUACCUAACCAAUUUGUAAACCUAUGAAAAUGAAUAGCGUGUACCUUAACUUGCGGACUGACUACUUGAUAUGCUCAUUCAAAUUCAAAGUCGCCACAGAAUUUGGAAUUUGACACCAUGUAUGUAAUACGGCAUUCGUAAUGGACGAAAUCCUCCGACCUCUUCAAGCCUAAAAUUCGCACAAUGUUGUAAAAAUUAUCGUAAUAUUUCAUUUUAGUGAACAGUGUCAAGUCAACCUUCUCCAACCCAAGCUUUCCGAUUUAAGUCCGGCAUAGACUGCAUAACAGUCUCAAUUUUUUUUUACUUAAAUAUAAAUCAGCCAGAUAUUUUAUAACCGGUUAUAAAAUUUCUGUUAAGGCCUUGACACAGACAUGAAAACACGUUCUGCAGCAAGAAAUCAACGCAUUGAACAACGAGAAACCGCUUCAAAGGAAGUAAAUUUUGAACAAUGGAAAAUUGAUGCUGAGACAUGGGUAAAGGACGGUGUGGUAAUAAAUCCAGAGUUCAAGGAGCCAUCGUUCGACACCUUGGUCAAAUGGAAAUUAAUAGUCACAACUGCCCAAAAUCAUCCCAACGUCCUUGCACAUAAAGAUUUUACGAUUGUUCGAGACCUUUGUCAAUUUUUUGGAGUAUUUAUCACAUAUGAGACAUCGGACUUAAUCGUGGAAUUUUCAACUAAUGAGACUGUUGGCAAUGUGGAAAGGGAAAAUGAGUCCAUUCAUCUCCUAAAUUCCAACGGAAAUGAAGAAUUCGUUGAUACUGAAAGCUCUUUGAGUUGUGUAUUUGGAAGAAUAGAUCAUUUUGAAGUCAUUCCUAAUCUUAACGCAGUUCGUAUUUGUAACUAUAAACUGAUCAAUGAUUUGAAAUUAUCGUUGGCAGAUCUCGUAGAAUUUAUCUGGACAGUCCCUGAAGUAUUACUUUAUGAAAAAUUUAAUUUUAUAUACGAAUUUCUUGUGAAAUUAGGAGUCUCUCCAGAUACAAUUACAUCCGAAGUCUAUCAAACCCAAUGUCGUAGAGCUCAAAAUAAGUUUCCUGCUUCAACUUUACUUCUUAAACUUGGCAUUCCAGAAUCAACUCUGGUGAAAUCUUACGACGUCAACCAAUAUAAUCAUCAUCAUGAUGACCCUGGUAGUGAGACGAGUAACAACCUUAGUCGCCGUACCAGUUUUUCUUCACAGUCUGAAGCGGAUAGCGGAAUUGAAAGCUGGGAUAAUUUCGAAUCUUCUACAUCAGUAUCCCCAUCACCUGAUUUCGAUACACCAUCCAUGAAGUUUAAGAGCCCUGACCAACUUGUUUUUGCAAAAAAAUCAAAGGUGGUUGAGGUGAUUGAGGAGGGUCCCCAAAAGUUGAAUCCCACAGAAUUUAGUCACGCUGCUGGUAAACAAUUCAAAUGUACUGUUUGCCCAAAGAGAUAUAUCACAAAAGGAAACUGCAAUUGGCACAUUCGCAAGAGGCACCCUGGCGCUUGCUUACUUCCGGGAAGUAAAUUGUUUCGACAACCAAAAUCGUAUUAUUGUCCGUUUUGUGGAAAAGCUUUCACUUAUCCUCAGUAUGUUAAAAACCAUAUUGAAAGGUUACAUCCAGAGUCAUCUUCGAGUAACCUACAACAGAAAUUCACUCUCCACUCGUCAUUUAAGUCCAAGAAGAUGAAGAAUUUAGGAAAUUUGAAACUGAGACACCAGCAAAGAAACAAAAUCGCGUCUAUUGUUAUCUCUACUAAUAGUAGACGAGGUCAUCAUCACCACUCUAAAAAAAGUCUGAGAAAACUUGUUACUUCCAGUAAAUUAAAUGGUUUGUAAGGAAUCGGUUUAGUACAAUUUCUCCACCAGCAACUACCGAAAUGGAAAAGUUUUAAAACUUGUGCAUAACUAUUUAUCUUGAUGUGGCUGUAUGUUAGUCGUAUAAUAAAUGUGAUGUAUUGUUCGUAUUUUUUCAAUCUGUGGUUGUUUGCAGUAAUGUAUGUAUUAUGUAUUAGUUAUUAAAUGCUAUAUAAUGUGUAUUCUGUAUUACAGUAUGGAUCUCAUACAUAUGUACUUACUUAUUUACAUACAUUUUGUCCUUUAAAUAUAGUGUGAAACUAUUUCUUGUCAAAUUUGUUCAUACAUGUAGUUAUUAUGUGAAUAAUAAUUAACUGCAUCAUGAUAUUACUUGAAUGUACAAAUGUUUGCUUGUAUCGUUGACAUCACGGUUUAUGCAACUACUUGCAUACCGACUCCAGUAAUUUUUGUUUGGAUAUUAUGAGUCAUAAUAAAUAUAGACCAUUUGAAAUUAAAAACAAAUCA